ACGUAUUCCUGGUGUUUCUUGAUUUCCUUGUAAGCUAAUCAUUUAUUUAAAAGUGUCUUUAAUUACUUUAUUAACUGAGGAAAAGGGAAGUUGGCGGAGUGAUAUUGAAAAGAGGAGGAGUUUAGGAUAGCCGUUAAAGGCGAGUCCAGUUGCUUCUUCCUCAGUGUGUUCACAGAGGUUGUCAGUUCGUUUAGCUUUGGUUUUAUUACGGAUUUUGUCGUGAGCCAGUCGCUGCAUCUACGUCGAAAUGGCUGAUCAGCUUACAGAAGAGCAGAUUGCUGAGUUCAAGGAGGCAUUUUCGCUCUUUGACAAGGAUGGAGAUGGCACCAUCACCACCAAAGAGCUGGGAACUGUCAUGCGCUCUCUGGGCCAGAACCCCACAGAGGCAGAGCUGCAGGACAUGAUCAAUGAAGUGGAUGCUGAUGGAAAUGGAACGAUAGACUUCCCAGAGUUUCUGACCAUGAUGGCCAGGAAGAUGAAGGACACAGACAGUGAGGAGGAGAUCAGAGAAGCAUUCCGUGUCUUUGACAAGGAUGGCAAUGGAUACAUCAGUGCUGCUGAGCUACGCCACGUGAUGACAAACCUUGGGGAGAAGCUGACUGAUGAGGAAGUGGACGAGAUGAUCAGAGAAGCAGACAUUGAUGGAGAUGGACAGGUCAACUAUGAAGAGUUCGUACAAAUGAUGACGGCGAAGUGAAGGGCUUGUACAGAUUUCUUAUAUAAAUAAUUUGCCUUUUUUUCUUUGUGUAAUUUAUCUGUAAAAUCUUAAUAGCCCCCUUCGUCCCUGCCCCUUCUGCUGUCCAAAGGAACUGCAUGUAAACUGCAUAGGCUCUUGUCCCCAUGUCCCUUUCUUUUGCUGUCAUGGUGUUUGAGUGACGGAAUGGUCAUACAACCAGAUGCCUGUGGAGGCCCUUGGGAGCCUGGGAACUUUGAAUCUUCCCGUCUUGUGUGCUCAGGGCCACUCCACGCAUGGCGACAUUGGAAACCUGUCAGCUGGUUGUCACUUGGCAACACUGUUGGCAUGGAAACAAUGUAGAGGAGUUUAAACUCUGCAUGGACUACGGACAAAGUAUAUAUGGAAAUCUCUCAGCAUUGCACUACUGCAAAAAAUGACACGGGUGUAUCUCCUAGGUACUCGUACAAACUCUUUUUGUAUCUGCUGUUCUAUAUACCAGAAAACAACUAAUCUUACCAUGCUUUUUAAUGUUUUACUCACUACUUUUACUUAUUUUUUUAUUUUAAUGACUUCUGGUCAUGCCUCAAAUAAUCCAUUCCAAGUUGUAUAUUUUUGUUUUCCAAUAAAAAUUACAAUCUAC